GCAACGCGGCGUGCCGCAUCGCCGCCAUCGAGCUCCUGCAGCACCUGUUGCCGUCUGCGAUCACAGUCUUUUCGCUGGACUUCUCGGGCUCCGGAUUGUCGGGGGGCGAGCACGUGUCCCUCGGGUACUUCGAGCGCGAGGACGUGGAGACCGUCAUCGCCUACCUCCGGGCGAGCGGCGAGACGUCCACGAUCGCCCUGUGGGGCCACUCGAUGG